GACGUAAAGGCGGAAAAGAAGCUGGUAUUUCAGCUCCUUUCAGGUUUCCUUAGGCCAAAAAGAGUAAAGGGAAAAGCAAGAGGUCGUGAAGUAAUUGGAAAAAAGAUUUGCCUUUGUCAAAGAAAAGGUUACCUAUUGGAUGGUGAAACAGCAACAUGAAGAGCCAAUAGCACACGCCGAAACGAGUUGGAAGGCGGAACUUGAAAAAACGUCACUGAUGGGCGGGUUUUAGGCGUUUGAAGCUUAACAGACAGGCUCAGCACCCAAUGCGGGGUGGAAUAACUCGCGCUUUGCAAGGCGGCCGCCAAUAGAGGCAAGGAGGCUGGGCCAACCGGCUCAACACGACGCGAGGGGGAUAUUUCCGCGGACAGCCGGCAGCCAAUAGCAAUGACGUAGGGGAAGGGUGGAAACCGAAUCUUUGAUAGGCGGGAGCGCGGCCCAAUGCGAGGAGAGAGGCGAGAAAGGCUGAUUCUAGAAGCCAUUACGCCACUGCCGCAAACUAGAGGCUCUCUUUGGCGCGGGUUCCGCCGGGUGGCUGCGUGUCCUGCUGUUUCCCUGGCCUUCGUCAUCCUGAUUGGUCUCUGGACGUGACCUUGAGCUCGCAACUUCCCAUCUUGCUUUGGGCGUCCCAUGGCAAUGUCCUCUCCCCCAGCACCGCCAGCCAAAAAGCGGAAGAUGAACUUUUCGGAGCGGGAAGUAGAGAUCAUUGUGGAGGAGCUAGAGCGGAGCAAGCACCUGCUAAUCAACCACUUCAACGCAGGUGUCUCGCUGGCUGCCAAGGCGGCUGCUUGGCACAACAUCCAACGGCGCGUGAACGCCGUGGCCACCUGCCGCCGAGAGCUGCACGAGGUCAAGAAGAAAUGGUCGGACCUCAAGACAGAGGUGCGCCGUAAGGUGGCCCAGGUCCGAGCUGCGAUGGAAGGAGGUGGCGAUGGCCACGAUGGAACCGGGGAGAGCCAAGACGCGGAGGAGCCAACAGGAGUAACUGCUGCGCCUGUUAUACUCACCCCCAUGCAGCAACGCAUUUGCAACCUGCUGGGAGAAGCCACCAUUAUAAGCCUGCCUGCGGGAGACUGCACUACUGCAGAUGGGUCUGAAAUUCCGAUCACGGCUGCAGCCACGACGGUCACUCUUACCCAGAUUCCAGCAGAGACCACCUACCACAGCUUAGAGGACGGCGUCGUGGAGUACUGCACGUCGGAGCCCCCCACCUCCGUGGCCACCGAAGCGCCCUUGGAGAUGAUGGCCCAGCAAGCCGAGGUCUCCAUGAAGCCUCAGGAGCUGAAGAGCAGAAUCGCCCUCAACUCGGCCAAGCUCUUGCAGGAGCAGCGGGUGACCAACCUGCACGUCAAGGAGAUCGCCCAGCACCUCGAGCAGCAGAACGACCUGCUGCAGAUGAUCCGCCGCUCUCAGGAAGUGCAGGCGUGCGCGCAGGAGCGCCAGGCCCAGGCCAUGGAAGGGACGCAGGCCGCCCUGAGCGCCCUUAUCCAGAUCCUUCGCCCCAUGAUCAAGGACUUCCGGCGGUUCCUCCAAAGCAACACCCCCGCUCCUUCUGUGGCCGCGGAUCCCAGCCAGGCAGCCCAAAACGGACAGCAGGACAGUAUCAUUCAAUGAAGGUGAGCCUUACGAGACGGACUUUGUAGGGAGACGCAGCCCUCCAUCCUUGCUGGUGCAGGUGAAAUGGGUUCAGUGCCUGAAUUUAGAAACUGAAAGCAUCUUCUGGAUUGUUCUUCAUCCUGCUUUUUUUUUUUUAAAGAAACAUUUGCAUGGUUUAUUGGAAUGGCCUUUGUUGCGUAUACACAGGAAAACUCUGCUUUUUUUUUUUUUAAAAAAAGAAAGGUUUGGAAAGCAGGUUUUAUAUAACAGGAGGAAGAAAAAUAGCCUUUGGGGUUUUUAAAGAACUUUGGUAGGAAUAAUCACUUUGGGGAUUUUUUUCAGCUAAGGAGUAGUGCCUGUGAGUAAUGGGGAGAGUCCUGGGUCAAUAAAAGAACUGACAUGCAA